GUCCUAGUUACUUGAGCGAUGUCCCUUCUCACACCGUCUCACACACUCAACGAGUCCAGACACACUCAGGGAUCCUCGUCAUUACAGUACUUAGUCACACUCCGAAGUACAGGACGGUUUUACGACAGGCUCCUUUGGUUGGACUUUAGUGUCUCUUGGCUGGACUGAAUAUUUGGGCCUGGUGCUGUGGAGUUCCACUCCUGUCUAUUGUUUCUUUGUCUCUCGACACCCCUGCUACAGCGCUCGGCGGGAGGAAGAGGCCGCUGACCCGCCAUGUUUCUCGCACUAGUAGUGACGCCAGAGCUCAGGGAGUUCCUGGCCAGGGCAAGAGGUGGAGCAGUGCGUUUCAUCAAGGUGCGCAUUCAAGAUGAGCAGCUGGUGCUUGGGGCCUACAGAGAGCCGGAAAAGAGCUGGGACCAGGAUUAUGAUCACUUUCUGCUUCCUCUUCUGGACGACCAGGAGCCCUGCUACAUCCUGUACCGCCUCGACUCCCAGAAUGCACAGGGUUACGAGUGGAUCUUCAUAUCGUGGUCACCUGACCAGUCUCCAGUGAAACAGAAGAUGUUGUAUGCUGCCACGCGUGCCACAGUGAAGAAAGAGUUUGGGGGUGGCCAUGUAAAAUAUGAGAUGUUCGGCACAGCUGAGGAGGACAUCUGUUUGCUGGGCUACCAGCGUCAUGUGUCAUCUUGCUCCGGUCCUGCCCCCCUCACAUUAGCUGAGCAGGAGCUCCAGAGGAUCAAAAUCACAGAGGGCCGGGUCAAACAGGUGAAAACAGAGAUCAGCGUGGAGAGUAAGCACCAGACACUUCAGGGCCUCGCUUUCCCGCUGCAGGAGACAGCCAAAAGGGCCCUACAGCAACUUGCCCAAAAACGCAUUAACUACAUACAACUGAGGUUGGAUGUAGAGAAGGAGACAAUCGAGCUGGUCCAUUCCAACCCGACAGAAACCCGAGAUUUGCCCCACAGAGUUCCCAAAGACACUCCCAGAUACCACUUCUUCCUUUACAAACACUCCCACGAAGGAGACUACCUGGAAUCUGUUGUGUUCAUAUACUCAAUGCCAGGAUACAGCUGCAGCAUUAAGGAGCGGAUGUUGUAUUCCAGCUGCAAGAGUCGACUACUGGAGGAGGUGGAGAAAGUUUACCAUUUGGAAAUUGCUAAAAAGUUGGAGAUUGAUGACGGAGAUGAACUAACAGAGGAUUUUCUGUAUGACGAGGUCCAUCCUAAGCAGCACGCCCACAAACAAGCCUUUGCUAAGCCCCGCGGCCCAGCAGGAAAAAGGGGGCACAAGCGCCUCAUUAAGGGGACAGGAGGCACCAUACAGGACAGCUAGAGGCGGACAUAUUUCUCCUAUAGUUGAGUCUGCAGUGCCAGCCCUUCCCCAUUUCCCCAGACCCACUAACACCUCGUCAGGCCCAGAGGGAACGAGCACAGUGAUGGAUUUUUCCCUGCUGUUUGUGUACUGAAACACUUGCGCUGUAUAACAAAUAUGUCUUUGAUGAAAAUAUGUUGAUAAAUGAUCUUCCCUCCCACAGACAAAUGAGGCAAAUAUAUACUGUAUAUGACAUGUCUAAGAAAUCAUAACAAAGUAUGUAAAAGCCAAAAAAAAUCAUUGAUGUUUGUUGAUGACUUCCUCCAUUUCUGUCUGGGUUUCAACCUGAACAGAUGGCCUUGUUAUUGUAAAGCUAAUCUGUUCUUCUAUAAGUAAAUCUGCAGUUAACAAACUUGUACUGAAUUGUUAAUGCAUAGGCAUACUUGUGCCUACCCUUCAAUACAAGUUUUAUAUCAACAAUGUUUGUAAGAAAUAAACAAUAAGAAAAGAGAUACUAAAUAAAAUCUUGUUUAUACCAUGGUAUUAGACCUUGGA